AUGUUGCCUCUUGGCCUGGGGAAUUCCGGCGUCCUGUGGGUGCUCUACGCUUUCUUACUGCUGGGAAUCCAAACCCGGGCGCAAGAUAUAGGACUGAGAGGAGGCAUCGGUGCCACAACCACAUCCCCCCAGCUGGAGAGUGGUCAAACAGUUCAAAGCAUUGACGCAAGUGACGGAGAGCAAGAGCCCACGAAAUCGUUGGGCACCGGCCACACCCAGACCAACUUGGUCAAUGCAGUCAUGCAGAAGGAGGACCUCCUGCUGCGCCAAGGAGCACUGCUACUGCCCUCUUCCAAUCCCACCGGAAUAACCAUCCCACCUCCCCCACAAAGGCGCCAGCUUCCUUCUCGCAGGCAGGUGGAGGCCCUACGCAGACGCCUGAGUGCCAAAGGAGUGCCAACUGGGAUACUCGAGUCACCUCCGGUGACCGCAGCCCCACCAUCGUCAAGGGCCCUCCCUUCUUACUCAACCCCUCACUCUCCAUCCUCCAUCCCCGAGUUAGUGACAGAGAAGCCAGGAGUUCCUGAAGAUCCAUCGGGCAUCAGAUCGGAAGCUCCUCCUGCCGGUCUAGGCAGGCACACUAAAUCACCGAGCCCCACUCGUGAUGGUACCACUCCGUGGCCGCCUAUUCAGUUGGGGGCCCAUGUCACAGAUCCGCCCGACCUUGAGAACGUCCGUCCCAGUUUGGAGGCAACGCCCAGCUCCAGCAAGGACCGCUCACCAGAUCAGAGAGUCGUCCCCCCUGUUGCCCGUCAGACCCCAAUGACAGGUACAGACCUUUCCCGGAAGGAUUCUGAACUGGGCAAUCUGGCAGCAGUGACACAAGGAAGCAGAGACACAACUACCACCACCAUCGUAACAACUACUGUCAUCACCAGUCUACAGACAGCAGUUCCAUGCAGUGUCAGUUUCUCAGACUCAGAGGGGUACAUAGACUCCACGGAUUUUCUUCCAUUAUCUGCGUACGGCUCCCUGCAGUGUACCUUCAAUGUGACUGUCUUCAAUGGGUAUGGAGUAGAGCUCCAGGUUAAAACACUGAACCUCUCUGAGGGGGAACAGCUCUCCAUCCGUGGAUUGGAAGAGGACAACUGGAUUGUUUUAGCCAACCAAAUGCUUCUAGUUGAAGGCCAGGUUAUCCGCAGCCCAACUAAUACCAUUUCAGUGCAUUUCCGCUCAUUCCAAUAUGGAGGUAUUGGAACAUUCCAACUCCAUUAUCAGGUUUACAUGUUGAGCUGCGACUUUCCCCGGAGGCCAGAUUAUGGUGAUGUCUCUGUGUUGGAUCUACAUGCUGAUGGCACUGCACUCUUCCGUUGUAACUCUGGUUACCAGCUGCAGGGACUGCGAACUCUGACCUGUAUGAAUGCUUCCAAGCCACAUUGGAAUGCCAAGGAGCCAACCUGUCUUGCACCCUGUGGUGGGUUUAUAUCCAAUGCUACCAUUGGUAGAGUAUUGUCACCCAAUUAUCCUGCAAACUACAGCAACAACUUAAACUGCACUUGGAUAAUUGAAGGUACAAAAGGCCAGAAGUUCCAUAUGCACUUUGAAAAGGUUUCUCUGGCUGGACAGGGAGACAGACUGAUCAUCCACAGUGGAGAGGAAGCCUUCUCAUCGGCUCUAUAUGACUCUUGGAAGAAUGAGUACUUCCCUCUGGAAGGUUUGAUCAGUAAUGAGCCAUUUGUUCGGAUUGAGUUCACCUCCGAUGGAACCAAGACAGCAGGGGGAUUCAACAUUCGAUAUGAAGCCUUUGAGCGUGGACAUUGCUUCGAGCCUUACAUGCAGAAUGGGAACUUCACAGUCACCAAUCCUUCCUACAGUGUAGGCUCAGUGGUGGAGUUCACGUGCGACCCAGGUUACACUAUGGAACAUGGGUCGUCUGUAAUCGAGUGCAUUGACAUCAGGGAGCCAUACUGGAAUGAGACUGAACCACUUUGCAGAGCGGUUUGUGGUGGGGAGUUGUCAAGCCCUGCAGGAGUGAUUCUCUCUCCGAAUUGGCCUGAACCCUACGAUGAAGGCGAGGACUGCAUCUGGAGAAUUCAUGUUGGGGAGGACAAGCGAGUCUUCCUCGAUGUUCAGCUCCUGAACCUCACUAACAGCGACAUUUUAUCCUUGUAUGAUGGAGAUGACUUAACUGUGAGGAUUCUUGGACAAUAUGUUGGAAGCAAUGCCCCAUUGAAAGUGUACUCCACUACUUCUGACCUUACAGUCAGAUUUCAUUCAGAUCCUGCUGGCUUGAUUUUCGGAAAGGGACAAGGAUUUAUCAUGAAUUAUUAUGAGGUUUCGCGGAACGACACCUGCUCAGACCUUCCAGAGAUUCCCAAUGGCUGGAAAACGACUCCUCACAGAGAAAUGGUCCGUGGCACCAUGAUAACCUAUCAGUGUGACCCAGGAUACGACAUCUUAGGAAGUGACACCCUGACUUGCCAGUGGGAUCUCACAUGGAGCAGUGAUCCCCCAUUCUGUGAAAAAAUUAUGUACUGCACAGAUCCUGGGGAAGUCAAACAUGCCAGUCGCUCCAUUUCUGAUACCAAGCUACUGGUGGGGUCCACGAUACAAUUCAGCUGUGACCCAGGCUUCAUACUGGAUGGAAAUGCGCUGAUAACCUGCUACAGCCGUGAGACUGGUACCCCACAAUGGACCUCCAGACUUCCCUAUUGUGCACCGGAGGAGUCGGUGGCAUGUGAGAACCCUGGACUACCUGAAAAUGGUUACCAGAUUCUCUAUAAGCGGUUGUACCUGCCGGGGGAGACACUGACAUUUAUGUGUUACGAAGGGUUUGAGCUGGUCGGGGAGGUCACCAUCCGAUGCAUCAUAGCUCACCCAUCUCACUGGAGUGGGCCACUGCCUCUGUGUAAAGCCACACAGUAUGGCUUUGAACACUCAUUGGAAGUAGCAGAAACAGCUGUGGAGACAACAAUGGAAGGCGGAAAUAUGGCUCUGGCCAUAUUCAUUCCUAUCCUCAUCAUCUCUAUACUGCUGGGAAGCGCCUAUAUAUAUGUCACCAGGUGCCGAUAUCACUCAAACCUGCGUCUGCCCCUCAUGUCUUCUCAUCCAUACAGUCAGAUCACCGUAGAAACAGCGUUUGACAAUCCCAUCUACGAGACAGGCGAUACCAGGGAAUACGAAGUUUCCAUAUGA